UGCAUAUUUUAGAAAAAUAAUUCUAUGUUGUAGAUCUUUAAAUUAAUUGUUCGUAUUGCUAACCAAACAUGGAUUUAACUAAACAGUCAAUGAAUGGAAUCCCGUUGAGUUUGAUCCAUCCACAUUAUUUACACACCAACUCAACAAGCCAUCCCUGGGCGCUUGGUGCUAUUGCAGAACUAAUCGAUAACGCAUGUGAUCCCGAUGUACAAGCGUCAACUUUACACAUAGAGAAAUACGAGUUGGGCAAUAAACCAAAUUUGACCUUUUUAGACGACGGAUUUGGGAUGAACUCAAAAAAGCUUCUGCAUUUGCUGAGCUUUGGAUUUAGCUACAAAAGAAGCUGCGACAGAAAUAAUUUACGCCAACCUAUUGGUCAGUACGGCAACGGUUUCAAGUCUGGUACGAUGCGUUUGGGCAAGGACGUCAUCGUGUUCACGAAAUGCAAAGAAACUGCCUGUGUGGGGCUCCUGUCACAGACCUACCUACAAGCAAUAAAAGCAGAGUCCGUUCUAGUACCUUUACUAGAAUAUGAGCUACCAACCAUUUUAAAAUAUUCUUUAUUUCAAACUCAAAACGAUUUGGUUGAAGAGUUAAAAAAGCUGGGUACAACAGGAACGAAAAUCAUCAUCUAUAAUCUAAGAAGGCUUGACAACGGACGGUACGAGCUCGACUUUGAUAGUGAUCCUACAGAUAUCCGGUGCCCUGAAGCCUACACGGCAAGGUCAAACAGAGCUGAUGAUCGAUACAACAAUGAGUACAGAAGAUCGUUAAGGCAAUAUUGCAAAAUUUUGUACUUUCGCCCAAAAAUGAAGAUAUUUAUCCGAGGGGAAGAAGUUGAAGCGCAAGUAAUGUCCAAAUCGUUACUUGCAACAACAAACACAUAUUACAAGCCUAGAAGUCAGGAGUCACAAGUGAGAAUAACACUAGGUUUCUCUCGAGAAGAUGACACAGAAGAUUACGGCAUGAUGUUGUACCACAGAAACAGGCUGAUUAAAGCUUAUGAGAGGGUUGGGUGCCAGAAACAGGCAAAUGAACGGGGCGUGGGUGUUAUAGGUGUGGCCCAAGUUGAUUUUCUCAAACCUACACAUAACAAACAGGAUUUUGAAUUAGACUACAUGUACAAUACAGCAAUGAGUGCAUUUGCAAAUAAACUGAACGACUAUUGGAACAAUAAAUCAGAGGAGUACAACCGGUCGGUUCCAGGAUCCAGUUCUGCGAGCAUUAAAACUCUACACGAAAGAAUGAUCUCAUUAUUUAGGCAGGAGUCACCUGGCUCUACUGGAAAAGAUGGACAAAAUUCUACAUUAAAUGUUUCAUAUGACGCAAGUGAAAGUAAUAAAACAAACGAGAAACAGCAAAAGAAUUUAAGUAAAACAAAAGAUUUCUCGCUAUCGAUCAGCAUGAGUACCAGGUCACAUGAGUCUUCUAACAGAAAGCGAACUUUAGAAGUAAAGCAUGACGUACCGGCACCAAAGAAAGGAAGAUCACACACUGCAGUAACACAAGUGACUCCUAGUAACACAGCGACUACCUUUAAAGAAUCGGUUGGUAGACAUGUGAAUAAAGUCGCCAAUGCCAAAGGAUCAGCAAAUGAAACAGCCAGACCUCCUCCCACUGAAACAGCUGCGUCAUCUCAUAACAUAACAAAGGCACCACCUAUCAAUGUAACAACUAUACCACCUAUCAAUGUUACACCUUCAUUGAACACAAGUGUAACAACUGCACCACAAUCCAAUGAAACAACAGCGUCGCAAUCAAGUGUAACAACUGCACCACAACCCAGUGUAACAACUGCAUCACAUACCAAUGUAACAACUGCACCACAAUCCAGUGUAGCAGCUGCACCACAUACCAAUGUUACACUUGUAUCAAAUACCAAUAUAACAACUGCACCACAUACCAAUGUUACACCUGCAUCAAAUAUCAAUGUAACAACUGCACCACAUACCAAUGUUACACCUGCAUCAAAUAUCAAUGUAACAACUGCACCACUAUCCAAUGGAACAACAGCGUCACAAUCAAAUGUAACAACUGGACCACAACCCAGUGUAACAACUGCAUCACAUACCAAUGUAACAACUGCACCACAAUCCAGUGUAGCAGCUGCACAACAUACCAAUGUUACACAUGCAUCAAAUACCAAUGUAACAACUGCACCACAUACCAAUGUUACACCUGCAUCAAAUACCAAUGUAACAACUGCACCACAUACCAAUGUUACACCUGCAUCAAAUAUCAAUGUAACAACUGCACCACUAUCCAAUGGAACAACAGCGUCACAAUCCAAUCCAACAACACAAUCACAAUCCAAUGUAACCCAGUUUCAUAGAAACGUCUUCAUGUUUAUUAGACUUUUCCAUAAUGGUGAGAAUAUUGAGCGUGUAGAAGAUGUCGAAGAGUAUGUUAAAAACGCUCUUCUUGACUUUAUGUCAAGAGGCGGCAGUUAA